UUUAAAACCGAUUUCUGCCUAAACAUUUUGUUUGUUUUUCCUUUUUGUUUCUGAAGAGAACACACACACAAGAAAAUCUGGAAAUUGUUUUCGUUUGGAAAUUAAUUGAGGAGAGAGAGAUCACAAAAUCUCUAAAUGGUUUAAACGAAUUGCCCAGAAUCCAGGAAACCCUGAUUGAGAAAACAAAAUUGAGAAAUUUUCUGGGUGGUAGUUUCUUGCGAAAAUUUUACUUUUUCUUUAUUUGGCAUCUCUAUCUAUUUCAUGUGCUAGCUAAGGUUGUCUCACUUUCCUCUUCUGAGUCAUGAGUUUCUUGUCUUCAUCUUUUCUCAAAUAAAGUUAAUUGUCUCUUAAAUUUCCUUUAGAAAUCUGUCGACUUUUCGUUUUUUGGAACUCAACCAUAAAUCAAAAACCAAUAAAAACCCAAUUCAUAAAAUUUUGGCACAAAUCUCUCUUCAACAAAUCUCUGAUUUGGGUCUUUGUGUGAGAGAGAUCAAGCAAUUAGGGUUUUUUAAUCAAUGGACGAAGUUUCUCCUGCAGUAGCUGUUCCAUUUAGACCGUUCGCUGAGCCUCCAAUCGGAGUUAGAAGCUAUUGCAACGGUUCGUUGCCGGAAAGUUCGUGUUCCGGUUCUGGGUCUAAAAUUUCCGGCGAAGAAACGAUGAAAGAUUCGUCCUUUGGAAUCAGCUCGAGACAGGAUUCGUCACCAUCCUCCUCAUUAUCAUCAGCUGCGGCAGGUGUAUCAGACGUCAUCGUGGAUAUCUCCGCCGGAGAAGAAAUCAACGGCUCAGAUGAGUUUGAUCCGAGAUCGCCGAGUCAGAGCGAGAAGAAAGUAAUCAGUAGAACAGAGAGCAGGAGUCUCUUCGAGUUCAAGAGUGUGCCUUUAUAUGGAGUCACUUCGAUUUGUGGAAGACGACCAGAGAUGGAAGAUUCCGUCUCGACGAUUCCUAGAUUCCUUCAAGUUUCUUCGAUUUCGUUGCUCGAUGGUCGAGUCACUAACGGAUUCAAUCCUCACUCGAGUGCUCAUUUCUUCGGUGUUUACGAUGGCCAUGGUGGUUCUCAGGUGGCGAAUUAUUGCCGGGAGAGGAUGCAUUUGGCGUUGACGGAGGAGAUAGUGAAGGAGAAGCCGGAGUUUUGCGACGGUGACACGUGGCAAGAGAAGUGGAAGAGAGCUCUGUUCAACUCCUUUAUGAAGGUUGACUCAGAGAUCGACUUCGUCCCGGAAACGGUGGGGUCCACCUCGGUGGUCGCCAUUGUUUUUCCUACGCAUAUUUUCGUCGCUAACUCCGGCGACUCGAGAGCGGUUCUGUGCCGCGGCAAAACGCCACUCGCCUUGUCGGUCGAUCACAAACCGGAUAGAGAAGAUGAAGCGGCGAGGAUAGAAGCAGCAGGAGGGAAAGUAAUCCAGUGGAACGGGGCUCGUGUUUUCGGUGUGCUCGCCAUGUCAAGAUCAAUUGGGGAUAGAUACCUAAAACCAUCAGUGAUACCGGAUCCGGAGGUGACUUGUGUGAGACGAGUGAAAGAAGAUGACUGUCUCAUCUUAGCGAGCGAUGGUCUUUGGGAUGUGAUGACGAACGAAGAAGUGUGCGAUAUGGCUCGUAAACGGAUUUUGUUGUGGCACAAGAAGAAUGCCAUGGCCGAAAAUGCUUUGCUUCCGGCGGAGAAAAGAGGAGAAGGUAAAGAUCCGGCGGCGAUGUCGGCGGCAGAGUAUUUGUCGAAGAUGGCUUUGCAGAGAGGAAGCAAAGACAACAUAAGUGUGGUCGUUGUUGAUUUGAAGGGAGUUAGGAAAUUCAAGAGCAAAUCUAUGAACUGAAGAAGAAGAAUAAGAAGAUGGUUUGGAAUAAAAAAAGAAAAAAAAAAAGUUUUGAUGGUGGGUAAUUUAUUUAUAGAAAAAUAACAGGUAAGAAUAA